AUGCAGGGUGCUUCUACCACCUCCGUUCUCCUUCUUCUUCUUUUUCCCUCCCUCAUAUUCUUCUCCUACUUUCCCAAAGUGGUCCAUGGGGACUGCUGGCUAAUUGAGGGGGACAAAGGCUAUGUGUGGCUGGCAAUCUGCAGUCAGAACCAACCACCAUACGAGACUAUCCCCCAGCACAUCAACAACACGGUCCAUGACUUGAGAUUGAAUGAGAACAAGCUGAAAGCUGUUCUCUUUAGCUCCAUGUACCGCUUCACCAACCUGACUGACCUCAACCUCACCAAGAAUGAAAUCAGCUAUAUUGAGGAUGGAGCCUUUGCAGGACAAGCCAACUUACAGGUUUUACAGCUGGGCUACAACAAGCUGACAAACUUAACUGAGGGUAUGAUGAGAGGGCUCGGCCGCAUGCAAUGUCUCUUCCUCCAGCACAACCUUAUUGAGGUUAUUGCCAGCAAUGCAUUCUGGGAGUGCCCAAGCCUCAGCAGCAUUGACCUGUCAUCCAACAAACUUGCCCGCAUUGAUCCGUCCACAUUUACAGUUCUCCUUCGGCUUAUGGUGUGUGAACUGGCAGCAAAUCCAUUCCAUUGUGGCUGUGAUCUUUAUGGUUUCUUAACCUGGUUGGAGUCCUUCAACAAUGUCACACACACCUAUGACCGCCUCCAGUGUGAGACACCCAGGGAGAUGUUUGGCUUCCCCUUGCUCAGUCCUAUCGCGGCUGGCCAUGCCGGUCGGAAUGCCAAAAACAUUCUGUACCAUCACUGCCGAGAUGGAGUGAUGAUUCCAGGAAUGACCUCUCUCCCACCAGAUCUCGAUGGUCCUUCUGGAAUUGGACCAGAGAUGUUUGGUGGUGUGGGGCCAUACCACCAGCCAACCACUUCUUCAUCUUCUACUGAACUCGUCGUUCCCAGUAUAAAGCUCCAUCAUGUCUCGUUGUCAACAGCUUCUCUCCUUGUACAGAUUCCAAGGCCCUAUAGCAAAAUGUAUAUUCUAACACAAUACAACCACUCGUUUGUGUCUGAUGUCAUGAAUUUGAAGAACAAGAAGGAGAUGAUCACCCUCAACAAGCUCAAACCGCACAACAAUUACACUUUCUGUGUAGGAUCCAUUCGCAACUCCCAGCGUUACAACCACACUUGCCUUCAGUUUUCCACACGGGCUCCAAAUCAAGAUGACAUGCUCCCCACACCUUCCACCACUACUCACUACAUAAUGACCAUUGUGGGCUGCCUUUUUGGCAUGCUCAUUGUUUUAGGCCUUGUCUACUAUUGUCUACGCAAGAAACGGAUGCACGAUGAGAAGAAGAAGUCCAUCUGUGUCAAGAAAACAAUACUGGAAAUGCGCUACGGACCAGAGGUGGCAGCAGCAGUGGCAAAUGAUCCAUCUGCAGUCCAUAAGCUUCAGGAGCAAUCCAGAGAACAUCACCAGUAUCAGCACCACCAUGGAGGCAAACUUCCCAUGUCCACAUCCUCAAGCUCAGGAAUGCUCCACUCAGCCAACACCAGUUCCUCCAGACUCUCCUCUAUCCCACAAGUGGAAAAGAUGGCCACUGCCUUUUCAGAGGCCAUGGCUUCAAGUAAAGGAAACUAUAUGGAUAUAAGAACUGGAGGGGCAGGUAUGGAGAGGGUGGGAGAUGGUGGGCAUGGAGGGAUGAGGGGGGAAGACUUGCGGGACGAUGAUGGAACUGAUGUUGGGGAUGACUCGGAUGAUGACGGACAUGGCUCAGCAUCAGAGAUUUCCACCAUUGCCAUGGAGGUAGACAAGGUUAACCAGAUCAUUAACAAUUGCAUUGAUGCACUGAAAUUAGAUGCAGCAGCAGUUGCUGCUUCUGGGGCCGCUACUAACCCUACAGCCUCCUCCAAUCCCACCUCCCCUCCCCCCACUAGUGCAUCCUCCCUUACUCGUGGCCUAAUCCCACUCUCUCAAGGGAUGACAGAGACUUGCCAAGUAAUUGCUCCCAACAAAAUACCCCCUCCGCCUCCACUCCCUGCUUUGAAUGCCCCUCUCUCUGAACGCCCAGGGAUCAGUGGUGGUGGUUUUGUCGUCACUCCCCCCUACAGGCCCCCUCCACCAGCCAAUGCUGUGCGUCCCAUUCAGCGGCAAAUGAGUGCAGAUGCAGCUGUGGUCAUUGUAAACGCUGUCAAGAAACAAUGCAGUACCACCUCUUGUGGCUCCAUGGGUCGGGACAGGGAACGUGGAGGAGCUAGGGUGUAUAGCCUGGAUGUUCCCGAGCCAAGGAGCCCAGAUGCCUGUAAUCAACAACAGCAGCAGUACCCAGACAGGGCCAGUCCCUUGGGCUGUGGGGAGCCCCUAGAGAGGCUGCCUUUGGUGGGGAGUGGGAGCUGUGGUGGAGGGGGUGGUGGUGGUUGCGACAGUGGUGGUGUUGGUGCCCAGCAUCAGGACAGCCAGAAGUCGCACCAUUACCAUCAACAGCAGCAAAUACAACAGCAGCAGCAGCAGCAACUGGAGGUGCAGCAGGACUACCACUGCUCGGAGCACCGCCACUCUGUCCCAGCUCUUUACUAUGAAGGCUCCCACCAGGGCUCCCCAGCCCAGAGGGUUUCCUUCCUAAAGCCCCUGACACGCUCACGCAGGGAUGCGGCAUCUUACUCCCAGCUUUCACCUGCCCGCCACCAUUCCAGUUACUCCGGCUACUCCUCCAGCCCAGAGUACUCCUCAGAGAGCUCACUGCGGAUCUGGGAGCGAUUUCGUCCUUACCGGAAAGGCCAGCGUGAUGAGGCCUGUUAUGUGACGGCUGGAAAUGCCCUUCGAAAAAAGGUGCAGUUUGCUAAAGGCGAGGACCUGCAUGACAUCCUUGAUUACUGGAAGGGUGUGUCAGCACAGCAAAAGCUGUGA